CAUGAAUCACAAGGACGGUGAUCCCCGCGAGGAUUUUUUAUGGGGGCCAGAUUUUGCCCCUCGUCCCCAUUUGUUGUAGGGAAUGAGGAUCCUCGUGGGGAUUCCCAUUCCCCACCAAUUAAUAUUAGAUGGCUCCGGCAGCAGCAGCAGAUGGCUUCAGCCACAACAGUAGAGCAGAUGGCUUCGGUAGCAACAGAGGAGAUGGGUUCGACAACAGGCUUUGGCAAUAGUAACAGUAGAGCAAAUGGAUCCGACAACAACAGAGUAUAUGGCUUCAGCAGCAAUAGAGCAGAUGGAUUCGGCAACAAUUGAGUAGAUGGCUUUAGCAGCAACAGAAGAGAUGGAUUUGGCAGCAAGCUUCGGCAACAACAACAGAGCAAAUGGAUUCGGCAAUAGCAGAGUAGAUGGCUUCAGCAGCAGCAGCAGAGGAGAUGGAUUCAACAGCAAGCUUUGGCAGCAGCAACAGUAGAGGAAACUAAGAAGGUGAGAGAUGGGUGAGCCGUAGACAAACAGAUUGAGAGUGAGAUCGUGAGUGAUGAGAAUUAAAAUAAAUUAGGGUUA